UUCCUCCUCGCCUCACGUUCUUCACAAGGAGAGAGAAACAAGAGAGAGAGCGACUUCAUCUCACUCAUUCACAGAUAAGAGUACUAGAGAGAGAAAGUGUGAGUUUUAGAGAGAGAGUAUGGAACCCUACGGCAGCAACCGGGCGGAGGUGGGCCGGUGGCUAGGCAUCGCCGAGAAGCUUCUCGCCGGAGGAGACCUCGUCGGAAGCAAGACAUUCGCGAUCCGAGCACGAGACUCCGACCCGAGCAGCCUCGACGCCGCGGACCAAAUCCUCGCCGUGGUCGACACUCUGAUCGCCGGCGAGAAGCGGAUCAACAACCAGCAUGAUUGGUAUGCGAUCCUCGAGCUCGCUCGCUACACUCGCGAUCCGGAUAUAAUUGCUGCUCAGUAUCGCCGACUGGCUAUUCUCCUAAACCCUCACCGGAAUCGCCUCGCCUUCGCCGAUCAAGCUUUCAAGCUCGUUUCUGAUGCCUGGUCAGUCCUCUCUAACCCUCCCAAAAAAACUCUAUACGAUAACGAACUCGUUCUCUACUCGAAACUCGAUUCGGCGAUAGGCCGCGAACAACAACAACACCAUGAUGAACAAUCUGAUCACCAUUUUGAGCAACCAACACCACAGGCGCAGCAGCAGCAACAACAUGCUGCUUCGAGAAAAAGCCCUAGAACUAGAAAUAGUAAUAAGGAUAAGAAUGUAGCUGAGGAAAGUGAAAUAGAUGAUGAUAAUAAUGAUGAAGAGUGUUCGACUUUUUGGACUGCAUGUCCUUACUGUUAUAACAUGUAUGAGUUUCCUGGGGUUUAUGAGGAGUGUUCGCUUCGGUGUAUGAAUUGCCAUAGGGCAUUUCACGGCACCAAAAUCUUUGCGCCGCCGCCAAUUAUCGAGGGGAAAGAAGCAUACUUUUGUUGUUGGGGGUUUUACCCAUUAGGGAUUUCGAUGUCGAAAUUGGAUAAAAAUAAGGGCGGGGUUUCGAGUUGGAACCCCUUUUCGCCCAUUUUUGCGUCUCCUCAAUUGGCGGACAGAAGGAAUGAGCCUGAGGAUAAUGUGAAUGCUGCGGAACAGAGUAAUGUGAAUGUUGGGGCGCAGAAGAAUGUGAACCCCCGAAAGGGGGCCUCGGCGCCCAGGAUUUAUAUCGAUGAUCAGGAUGUUUAUGUGGAAAUCUCAGAAUCGGGUGAGGAAUCUGGUGAUGAAUGGAGUGGUGCUAGACAGAAGAAGAAAGCAAAAAAUGCAAAAGGGAAGAGUUCGACUGCUAAAAAUGUUAAGAAACCACAAGGGGAUAAGGCGAAGACUGUUAGAGGAGUUACCGGUGGUGACAAUCUACAAGGUGGGCAUGUGACUCAACAAUUUAUGGGGACACCAAACGUGCCGAACGCUGAGACGAGUAGGAAGGCGGCAGUGAAUAGUGCAAAGAAGCAAUCAGGGAAGGCUCCAAAAGAAUGGGGACGGUUGGAUCUAAAUGUGGAGUUUAGUAAUGAGGUAGAAGAGCCUGCUCCUGGAAUGAGCCACGCCCAUGGGCAUAGGGCAGCUCAUGGUGAGGAGGAUGGCAUAGAAGGUAUUGGGUUUUUUGAGGGUCUCGAUGAAUUUUUGAGCAGUUUGCCCAUACUUAAGGGCUGACAAGGUAAAGGCUGCCUAUUGAAGGAAGACUAGUAUUUAGUAGUAGUACUAGUAGUAGUGUUGUUUGUAUGCUUGUAGUAAUGAAUGGUGUAGACUGUAGAGUUGAUGCCCAUUUUCUUUAGUGUUUUUGUCAUUUAAGUAAAUGUAUAUUUUGCAGCGAAGUGUUUUUAUCCAUCUUUUGGCUGUUUUUAACUGUCUUAUUA